AUGGCGCAAGCAGGCGACACAGAGACGCCCCGCAUCGAGACGCGCGCCGCGGGCUUCUUAGUUUACAGGCAGCAGUCGCAGGACCCCGAGUUCCUCAUGAUGAAGGCAUCCUACGAGCCUUUCCACUGGACGCCUCCAAAGGGCCACGUCGACGGGACGGAGAGCGCGCUGCAGACGGCGCUCCGCGAAACGAGAGAGGAAGCCGGAAUUUCUGAGGGUGACCUCGAGAUCGACAGGAAUUUUGAGAGAAGACUCCAUUACGUCGCUCGCGGGAAAAACAAAGAGACGGUGUAUUUUUUAGCUCGCGUGCGCAACGCCUGCAAGCCUGUUGUCCUCUCAGACGAACACACAGAGGCUCGGUGGCUGAGCGCUGAAGCUGCAGCGGCGAUUGGAGGCUUCGAGGACAUGGCGCGGGUCCUCAUGGAAGCAGACGCUCACAUCCGAACUUCGCGGGCAACUCAAGCCUGA